AUGGUAAUUUUUUCUAUCUUAUUUUUAUUAUUAUCUAAUGCCGUUACUUUAAGACGAGACAAAUCUAUACUUUUUAGUAGAGUAGCUAUCACAGUUUUACUCUAUUCUUCUUUAAUUGCUUUUUAUAGCUUAUACUUUUGUUUAGAUAGUGGUAUAGGUUUAUAUGGUGGUUUAUUCCAUGCUACAACUACCACACAUGUUUUUCAUAUCUUUAUCUUUUUAAUUAGUGCUGCAAUUUUACAAUUAACAGCUUUUUAUCCAAGAAAAGUCUGAGUAGCUGAAUAUUCUUCAGUAAUAGAAAAUACAAUUCAUAUCUCCUUCAUAUUAGGAUUUCCAGUUAUUGCUUUACAUAUUUAUAUUUUAAAUAACAGUAAUCGUAACUAUUUAAUUCUGAUUCUAUUUUUUAUAUCUGCACUUUUAUUACUUUUUGUAUCUCUUAAUAAAGAUGAUAAAAAAUUUUUAGGCAAAUUAAAAUAUUUAUAUAAAUACUUUAAAAAUAAUAUAAAGAUGGCUUUAUAUCAUUAUGUUUCUUUUUUUUUAGUACUAUUUAGCUUUUAUUUUUUAUUUCAAUUUCUCUCCCUACUCCUCAACUAG